GAAGCUCGAGAGAACCAGGUCAGGUCCACGUCUUCAGAAAGUCUGCUCCCCUGGGUUUUGUGCUUGUCCAUUUUGGUGCCAUGGAAUUCACCAAGGUUGCCCUCUUAGCCUCUAACCUGGCUUCCAAGAUACUGUCUGCAGGGCGCCUGGCCAAAGUGGGUGGGGCGGCCUCCAGCAGCUUCUUGGCAGGACUUCCUUCGCUGGGGCUCACGCUGCCAUCCAGCACUGCUCUGGCGGGGGCCACGUCUACCCUGGGAUCCUUGGUGGGGACGCUGAAAGGCUCCUUCCUGCUCGGAUCCCCCGCUGCGGCCCUGAGCACUUUGCCAGUAGGAGCCAAGGCUGCUGCAGUUGUGGUGGGCGGAGCUUCCACCGUGGUGGCUGUGCCCGUGGUGCUGGGCGCAGUCGGCUUCACCAGUACAGGAAUCACCGCCUCCUCCUUAGCAGCCAAGAUGAUGUCAAUAUCUGCCAUUGCCAACGGGGGCGGAGUUGCCGCCGGCAGCCUGGUGGCCACUCUCCAGUCCGUGGGAGCAAGCGGACUCUCCCUGUCAUCCAAACUCCUGGUGAGCUUCGCUGGGUCCACCCUCAUGUCCAAACUGGUGGGCCUGUAACAUCCCCUGUCGCUCCCUCGGCAGAGAAGAGGACCAGGUGGGGUCCUGCCCACCAGCCUGAUGCAGUGAGGGACCCAGUCCUGGGGUGACAAGUGCCAAACACUGCACCCCCAGAGGAA